UAUACCUAUUUUACAGUUAACUCUUAAGCUUUAAUUCAUUCGGUAGUCGGUACUCCGAAACUACUCGUUGUAGUAUUAUUUAUGCAUCUUGUGUUUAUUGUCAUUUCUAACGUAAAAAUUGUUUUCGUAGUAUUUUUAAAAAAUAACAACACAAUAACUUUUUGUAUAGAAAUAAACCCAAAAGAAAAUAAAUAAAUUUUACAGUGAUUAUAACUAAUAUUAUUUGUAUUUCUGUGAAUGUUAAAUAUUGAUGUAGUCGUAUUGAAUGAACAAAAUAAAGAAAUUGUUUUUAAAUGUUUCGAAUUUCCGUAACAAUGUUAAUUAUAUUCGAUAUUGCCAGAGGUUAAAUGAAGUAAAAAAUCCUAAUAGAAUGAGGGUCUUAAAUGUAGCUGAAAAAAAUGAUGCUGCAAAAAAUAUUGCCCGUCAUUUGUCUGAUGGAACUAGUCGAAUGAGGGAAGGACUUUCUAAGUUCAAUAAAAUUUACGAGUUCAACUAUUCAUUUAGAGGAUCGCCAAGUACUAUGAUCAUGACAUCGGUUUCUGGGCAUUUGCUUGGUUAUGAAUUUCAAGGGCAAUAUCGUUUGUGGAAUAGUUGUUCACCACUUGAUUUGUUUGAUUCCCCUGUUGUUAAAGAGUGCCCAAAAAAUAGUAUUGACAUAAAGAAAACAUUAGAACGGGAAAUUAGGUCUUGUGAUGUAUUAGUUAUAUGGACUGAUGCUGAUAGAGAAGGAGAAAAUAUUGGAUUUGAAAUAAUUGACGUUUGUAAAAACGCUAAACCUAGGAUUCAAGUGUAUAGAGCUAUAUUAUCAGAGAUAACUAAACAAUCGGUGCAGAGGGCCAUGACCAAUUUGGGGCCUCCAAAUAAAAAUAUUAGUGAUGCAGUUAAUGUCAGAAGUGAAUUAGAUUUAAGAAUCGGUGCGUCAUUUACUCGUUAUCAAACAAUGCGUUUACAAAAAGUAUUUCCCGAUGUAUUAACUAAUAAUUUAAUAAGUUAUGGUAGUUGUCAGUUUCCUACAUUGGGAUUUGUUGUUGAACGGUAUAAAGACAUAGAAAAUUUCAUUCCUGAACAGUUUUGGAAAAUUAAAGUUAAUCACAAAAUUGAAGACGUCGAUGUAGAAUUUACGUGGCAACGAGGAAGAUUAUUUGAUGAACUAUUUUGUCGAGUACUAUUUGAGCGUUGUAUGGAAAAUCGGACUGCACAUAUUUUAAAUGUAACUAAGAAACCAAAAUCAAAAUGGCGACCAGUACCUCUCGAUACUAUUGAACUAGAAAAGACUGCUAGUCGAAAACUCGGAAUAAAUGCUAAAGAAACGAUGAAAAUUGCUGAAAAACUUUACAGUCAAGGAUACAUUAGCUAUCCGAGAACGGAAACAAAUAUAUUUCCCAAAGAAUUAAAUUUGUCUAACUUAGUCCAACAACAUAUUGAAGAUAACAAUUGGGGUGAUUUUGCUGAACGAGUUUUGAAUGAUGGUCCUUCUCCAAGACAAGGGAAAAAGUCUGAUCAGGCUCAUCCUCCUAUACAUCCUACUAAGUAUACUAAUGGGCUUCAAGACCCGAGAGAACGUAAAGUCUACGAAUAUGUAGUGAGGCAUUUCUUAGCGUGCUUAUCUAAAGAUGCUCAAGGUCAAGAAACCAUUGUUAACAUUGAAAUUAAUGGAGAAAAGUUUUUGGCAAGUGGGCUUCAAAUUAUAGCUUUGAACUACUUAGAGGUUUAUCCUUAUGAAAAAUGGUCAAAUAAAUUGAUCCAUAAUUAUAAUCAAGGCGAAACUUUUAUGCCUACCGGAAUAGAAAUGACCGGUGGUCAAACAAGUGCCCCCAAUCUUCUUACGGAAUCUGAUCUUAUAACCCUAAUGGAUAAACACGGCAUAGGUACUGAUGCAACACACGCUGAACAUAUUGAAACUAUUAAGUCACGUUCAUAUGUGGGACUAGAAAAUAAUAAAUAUUUCGUUCCUGGUGAACUCGGUAUUGGCCUCGUAGAAGGCUAUGAUAACAUGGGUUUUGAAAUGUCCAAACCACAUUUAAGAGCCAAACUCGAGGCAGAUUUAAAAAGGAUAUGUGAAGGUACUAAAUCACCAAAUGUUGUUCUAAGAGAACAAAUAGCCAAUUAUAAGGAAGUAUUUAUAAAAACAACCGAACAAGUAGAUAAAUUAGACCAAUCUUUAGGUAAAUACUUGAGAACUCAACCUAUUGCUUAUCAAAACAAUGGCCAGCAUGAAUCUAUGAGGAUAAAAGAAAUUCGUAAAUGCCCUGCCUGUAAACAGUCUUCUCUUACGUUAAAACAGCGCUCUAAUAACCAAGGAUUUUUUGUUUCUUGUCUUGCGUAUCCAACUUGUAGAAAUUCAUCUUGGUUUCCUCCUAGUGUCGUUGAUGCAACUGUCAGUGACAAUAAUUGCCCUCAGUGUUCGGGGAAUGUAAAAUUAAUUAACUUUAAAUUCAUGGAAAGAAGUAUGCGACCACAUUUUCCCGACAUCUUUACGGGGUGUAUUAAUGGCUGUGAUUCAACAUUAAGUGAAAUACUUCAAGUAAAUUUAUCCCGUGCAGCUAUAAGUUCAAAUUCUACAACCGUAAACAGAAAUAAUAUUCAAACUACAAACCGAUAUAACGGUCCACCGCGUGACAAUAAUACGAAUAAUACUAGACAGCAGUAUCAAGCAAACAAUCAUCAGAGGCCGCCAGUAGCACAACCCGUCAAUACUGAUCAAGUUUGCUGUAACUGUGGAGAAGCUGCUAAACUACUAACUGUUAAUAAAGAAACAGCGAACAAAGGUCGUCAGUUUUAUGCGUGCUCUAAACCAGUAUCUGACCCUAAUAAGUGCUCAUUUUUCCUGUGGGCCGAUCAGUCUUCUGGAUCAUCUGUUACCAGUACCCAUCAACCUAUGAACAAUCGAAAUAAUAAUACUGGUGUUACGAACAAUACUUUUAGAGCUAGAAAUAACCAGCAAAAUGGACAAGGGCAACGAAAAUGUGGACAUUGUAAACAAACAGGUCAUACGAGGAGAAACUGUCCACAAAUUACCUAAUAAAGAAAACUAUUUAAAAAUAAAAUUAAUACGAUAUAUUGUUAUACGGUAUAUAUUAUACCAAAUAGAUAACUUGCUAAUAAUCAUAAUGAUAAAAGAUUUGAUAUUGUAUUAUUCAAGAUUUAAAUUAUAAUAGAGACAGCUGUAAUUAUGUUAUUAAGUAUAAACGUUUCAAUUUUAUGACAGUCAAAUUUUUAGAGAGAAAAAAAUAU